AUUUCAAGAGGCAUUUAGGUUAGCUGUCAUCAUAUUUGUAAUGUCAUAAAUAAUACAAAAUUUUCUUAUCAAAUUUCGAAAAAAUAUAGUGUUUAUUUAUAUUGUUAAAUGUUACUAAAUACUGUCAAAUUGAUACUUGUUUUGAUUAUUUUGAAUUGUAAAACGUAUCAGAGCAUCUCUCCAAAAGUUUUUCUGAAAUGUUUAGCCAAGCACGGUGUAAAAAUUGGACACCGCUGUUUACACAACAGCUACGUUUACGUCACUUAGUUCGAAUAAUUGGAUACAAUGUCAGCUUAGACCCUUCAGUAGGUAAAAGUUUAUAUUACACAUUGCAUUUAGCAAGUAUGUGUUCGCCAUUUUACACUAGUGAGAAAGUCAAUUCAGAAAAUCCAAAAUGGAAAGAAUUGGAGUUUAGUAAUGAAAAUGGUCAUAAUUCUGGUGUUGUUAUACGAAUUUGGCUAACCGGUAAUAGUAAUACAGAUUCAAUUGUGUGUGUGUGGGGAGUAUACUUUUCUGGCUUGAUAUAUUUAGGCAGUAAAGUUCAAGAAAUAUCACCAAAUUUUUUUGAAAAUAAUACUAUUAUAUUCCAAUUUAUUGGAGGAUAUUUUACCAGUCAAACGUGUUUAAAACAAAAUAUUAUAAGUAAACCUAUACCGUUCGUAAAUAAUAUAAAUGUUAUUACAAACAACGAAACCGAAAAAAUUUAUCGAAAUAUUAAUAUUAAUAUUUCAAAAUUAGAACUUCGGACAAGUUAUACUAUCGAUAAAUUACAAAGAUUCCAUAGCCUUCAAUUAACUAUUAGAAAUAGAACUUUAGAUAAUAAGGAUCUACGAGAUCAAAUAUGCAAUAAAUGUCCUAUGUUUAAUGAAAACGCUGAACCUGAAAUACCAAAUAAACCAAUUAAACAAAAUGUUAAUGCUUUAUCGAUGUCAGUAACAUCCUUGAGUAAAUUUCUGAAUCAACAGUCUCAACCAACUAGAUAUCAACGACAGGAAAUUUGGAGAUUAAAAAAAAUUAUAGAAACUGCAAAAUUUAAUUGCAAAUUAUUAUCAAAGGAAAAAGAUAGAAAAACUGCUUAUUUAAGACAUUUAACUCAAUCUUUUAAUAAAUUAAGUGACGAAAACGAUUAUACUUCGUCAUUGCUAAUGGAUAGAUACAGGCAAUUAAGCCGUGAUUUGGAGAAAAUGCGUGAUUGGCGUAAACGAUGUGUCGAUACAAGGGAUGCGUAUCUUCAUGCUUCUGUUUAUUUAAAUUUAAGGAGAAAGCAGCUGAUAUCCGAAUUGUUAAAUAUUUAUCCGAUUGAAAAGAUGGGUGAAAAAGCAUACACGAUAUGUGGUGUUUAUUUACCUGACAGCGAAUCCUUAUCAGAUAAUGACGACACGGCACUCAGUGUUGGUCUUGGAUAUGUGGCACAUGUUGUACAAAUGUGUAGCAUUUUUUUACAUGUACCUUUACGGUAUCCUGUUCAUCAUUAUGGAUCUCGAUCAAAAAUUUAUGAUUAUAUUACCGAUAAAAUUCCAGAUAAAGACCGCGAGUUCCCUCUUUAUGUUAGGGGGAAAGAUCAAGGCUGUUUUCAUUACGCUGUGUAUUUACUAAAUAAAAAUAUUGCUCAAUUGAGAUGGUAUUGUGGUUUAACAACUAUUGAUUUACGUAAAACGUUGCUAAAUUUAUUAACGUUAAUGCAAUUUCGCAAUGACUAUGAACCAGCAUCCAAUACACAUCAGCAAAAGAACACAUCAAUAAAUACGAAAAAAAAUUCUUCAUUAAAAUCUGAUCGUUCAUCGUCUUCGCCAAUGGAUUAUUUUAUACGAAAAGAUCAAACCGGUAAUAAAUCACGAUCACUUCUCGGAUUACAAAUAGCAAGUUUAAAUAAUGAUAAAACACCAAUUUCCAACUGUGAUAUGUCUAAAAGUAAUGAAUCGCAAUUAUCUGUAGGAAGUUCACAUUGUGUGGAUUGUAACAUAGAGCAAGGAUUAGAUUUAUUAGAUCCACGUGUUAGUCAUCUUCUGUGCAAUUCAUUUAAUGACCAUCCUACGUUAAAAGUAACUGAACCUAUGCUACUUCCAAAUACAAAAAAAAUUCGUAUUGCACGCUCGAUGGAAUCCUACAAUGGAGCAGAAUGCUCAACUUCCCGUUAUGAUGCUAGUCCUAGUUCUGAACCAAAUAAACAAACAAGUCAUCUCAAUGUUGAAGAUUCAACACUAUCGAAUAGUUUACAAGAAGGGAGAACUGAAUUUCUACAGGAAUGGUUAAAUAAUGGACCUGCCUUAGUGUGUUCAGAGGAACAUUUAUACCCCGAAGAAAUAUUAGGUACUACAAUAUCUCGUAAUUUUCCUGAUGAUAAUAUUGAUUUACCAAUAAAUCAAUUUUAAAUGGACCAGUAUUAUUUAUUUUGUAUCUUUUAAGAUUUGAUAUAAAUAUGAAAGUUGAUCGAAGUGCCCCAAAAAGGGUGAAUAAAUUUUGUUAAAAAUAUUGUAAUUUUAUAGCUAAUAUGUAAAUGAUAUUUGUAACAUAACUCUGUCCAUAAAAGUUUAAUCACAUUUUUUAAUUUUAUUUUUUGUCAAUAAAUCUAGUGUGUAUUUAUAAGUACAAAAGUGUAUUGAACCAUCAUAAUGCUUUUUCACAUAUUCCAAUUUCAAGGUUCUUUAAGUUUGGUUAUUUUUUUACACCGGUAACGCUGUAAGUCUGAGUGGCUGAAGUUAUAUGUCACUUAUUUAGACUAAAGAUUUCAAUAUGACAACAUAAAAUUUAUGUGGGAUGUGCUUAACCACA